AUUCCGAAUAGUGUUGAAGAGUAUGGGACAUUUGAAAAUUUCGUACGUUGGAGUUCACGUGCGUCUGACUGAUUACCCAAUGUACCUUGAACGAAGAUAUGGUUUGAAGGAGGGAGAACUUGCAGACACGGAUUAUUAUGUGCGAGCAAUGGAAUACAUGUUGAAACGCUUGAGAGAGGACGGCAUUUUGAAAGUAGUGUUUGCAGUAGUAAGUGACGAUAUGAACUGGGCAACAAAUAACUUAAUACCACAGCUUGAAAAUUACUUAAAAUCGAAAAAAUUGUUGGGUACGAAUGCUGUUGUAAGUUGGUGUGGCUCAGAAUAUUUUAUGAAUGAUUUAGUGUUACUUUCGUCUUGCAACCAUUCCAUAAUUGCGUAUGGAACAUUUGGGUCUUGGUCAGCUUUAAUGGCUGGUGGCUGGACGGUAGUUUUC